CGCCCCUGAGCACCCUCCCUCCUCUCUCCCCGAGGUCCGGGACACCCGACUUUGAGCCUCCGCCCGCAGAGUCAUUUGGUGUCUGUGGCCGUGGCUGGUAUUCUGACUCCCGAUCUAGCGCGAACGCGACACCUGUUUCAGGACUCGGAGUAGCUGCAUGCUCUGGGGAUUGGGAGUGCCAUGGCCCCCUUGCCUGGCCCUCCAUGGUCCCUCCACCUCCAGCUUUUUCUCCUGGGGAUGACCACUCUCGUGUCGGUUUCCAGAGGAGCCCAGCUGAAAGUGCACGUGGGUUCUCCCAAGGUGGAAGCAGUGGAAGGGGCAGAGGUGGUGCUCCCUGCAUGGUACACGCUGAACAGAAUGAUGUCUUCUCUGAAGCCUGAGGCCUCCCUUUACGUGCUAUGGUUCCUGGAACAAAGCGGGAAGGAAAUGGCGCAGGUGCUGUCCUAUCUUAAUGGAGUGUUAAUAAUUAACAAACCUCGAGUAUCCCUAGUACACACCCUGCCCUCCAGAAACGUAUCCCUGAAGCUAGUCCAGCUCCAAGAGCAGGACUCUGGGCUAUACAAAUGCUCUGUGAAUGUGCAGGACCAAGGAAAUAGUAUGUCAGAUGUUGGCAGCUUGGAACUUGAUGUUCUGGUGUCCCCAGCUAUCCCAUCAUGUCAUCUCCAUGGUGUUCCAAGAAUGGGAGCUAAUGUGACCCUGACUUGCCAGACCCCAAGAAGCAAACCAGUUGCCCAGUACAGUUGGGAACGUCUCCCUCCACGGAACCAGUUCUUCUUCUCACCUGCUGUAGACAGCACCCGUGGGUCUCUAUUCCUCACCAACCUUUCAGCCUCCAUGUCUGGAGUCUAUGUCUGCAAAGCCAGCAACAAGGUGGGCAGUGCCCAGUGCAAUGUGACUCUAGAGGUAACUUCAGGACCAAAGGCAGCAGUGGUAGCUGGAGCUGUGGUGGGCACCCUGGGGGUGUUGGUGCUGUUGGCUGUAUUGGUCCUCCUGUACUAUCACCGGGAAAAAAUGCAAGAGGAGUCAGCCAAUGACAUCAAGGAGGAUGCUGUUGCUCCCCGGACACUGCCCUGGCCUAAGGGUUCAGACACCAUCUCCAAGAAUGGGACCCUUUCUUCUGUGACUUCCGCCCGUGCUCUCAGAUCAUCCCAUGGACCUACCCGACCUGGUGCACUGACCCCUACACCCAGCCUAUCAAGUCAGGCCCAGCCUUCCCCAGGGCUACCCAGGACAAACAGGACUCAUCCUCCUGCAGUAUCACCUACCCUUGGAGGGGUAUCUUCUUCUGCUCUCAGUCGGAUGGGUGCUGUGCCAGUCAUGGUGCCUGCUCAGAACCAGGCAGGCUCCUUGGUAUAAUUGCCAGCCUUAUCCUGACUGAACGAUCUACUGGUUUGCCCUUUCUACUGACACCUCAUGGGUGAUUGUCCAUGUUGGGAGUAAGAAUGCUUUAAAGACAACCAUAUUCCAGACAUGUAGCUUCCUUCCUCAACUCCUGACCCUGCCUCCAAUUUUUAUAUCCUCCUUUUGGUCUAGACCCAUGAUUUCAUUGGUACAGAGAAAUUCCCUUCUCUGACACAGACAACCCAUCAAAAACUUAUCAUUUUAGAGAAUUGACUAGGGCCCUUGAGAGGUUAAACGACUUCCCCAGAAUCACACAGUUGAUAUAUUGUCAGAAGCAGGACUUUAAUCCCUGUUGUCCUGAUUCCAAGGCUUGCCUUCUAUAUAUUGCUCUAAGAUACCUCUCUUAACUCCCUGUUAUUGUGGGGGAAAACCCAUUUUCAAAAGGUUUCAUCAAUAUUCAUUCAGAUAGCUGGCAGGUAGCAGAAAGCACUAGGAAGUAAGCCUGGACUCAGGAAGAGUUUAGAUCUCACAUAUUACUCCAGAGUCAAAUCUUCUGCCUGGUGACUGGAGCUGAAAUGCUGCCAAGAUGGGCUUAUAAGGAAGACAAUGUGGUGGGGUUUAUCUGUGAUCAUCCCACCUUCUCAAGAUGCUUCUGCUUAUAUUCUUCCUGUGAUUUUACCUCAGAGUCAACUUCAUUAAUAACCUUUUUUGGUUGGAUUAUCAUGGGGGGAAAGGAUUAAUGGAUGUAAUUUUUAGAAACUACCUUGAACUGACCUUUUUUUUGUAAAUGUUAAUAAAGAAAAACAACUUUUAUUUGUAUGGAAAG